CUGCCCCAGAGGAACCUCUCGACCUCCCUUGUCUUUACUUCUUUACUUCUUUGCUUCUUUACUUCAAAUAACCCAGCCUUUCCAUCCGCUGGGGCGUGUCUAUCGCCCGCCUGUUCGUUGUCAUAUCUCUCCAACAUCCGUACCUGUGCGCGCCCUCGAGUUUGCUCAUCGCCGCUCUCGCCCCGGUUGCCGCCCAAGGUCUAGCACACAACGCCUACCUCCGACGCAAGGCUUACUCCAGCCAAAUAUCAUCGACAGGCGUCCUUCACCAUGAAGGAUCCCUUCUUCCUCCCGCCCAUCCCCUGGCUCUCGGAGCAAGUCCAGCCUUGGGCCGACUACUUCGACCUCCCCACGCUGCCCCUGCAUGUCCACGAGGUCCUCUUUGCGGCCGUGGUCUACUCGGUCGUCUUCUACCCCAUCUCGCCAUUGCUAUCAAACUGGCUUGCCCCCGCCCAUUACUCGAAGCUGCCCCGCAAGCGCCGCCUCAACUGGGAUGCCCAUGUGGUCUCCAUGUUCCAGUGUAUCCUCAUCAAUGGCCUCGCCAUCUGGGUCAUGUUCACUGAUGACGAGCUUAAUCAGAUGAAUUGGGAAGAGCGAGUCUGGGGCUACACUGGCGCUUCCGGCUUUAUUCAAGCCUUUGCCGCUGGUUACUUCCUCUGGGACCUUGUCGUCACCAGUCUGAAUUUCGACGUCUUCGGCAUCGGCACCCUAGCCCAUGCGAUUGCGGCCCUCUUCGUCUACUCACUUGGAUUCCGCCCAUUCGUCAACUACUAUGCUACUGUCUUCAUCCUCUGGGAACUCUCCACCCCAUUUCUCAACGUUCACUGGUUCAUGGACAAGGUAGACAUGACUGGUUCACGUGCGCAGCUUUACAAUGGCAUAAUGCUUCUCGCCACAUUUUUUUCAUGCCGUCUCGUCUACGGCACUUAUUCGUCGUUCCGCGUCUUCCACGAUAUCUGGUCCAGCAUUAAUGCCAACCCAAGCCCCAGUAAGCUUGAGUUCUCGUCCACCAUGGUCUUUGCGACCAAAGAAUCUACGGUGCCUCUGUGGCUUAGUGCUACAUAUCUUCUCAGCAACUUGACGCUGAACAGUUUGAACUUCUACUGGUUCUUCAUGAUGAUCAAGGCCGUUCGCAAGCGGUUUGAACCCUCUGCGGUUCCUGGAAAGCCCUCAGAACCCAUCGCCGAGGUUGGGAUUAACGCCUCCACGGUCGCAUCCGCGAUGGAGAAACCCACAGCCAAUGGGCGAAGACGAAAGGCUUAACUUAUCCGACUAGCUAAUGCCUUUGGAUUCUACGCCUGUAGGUUCCUAGAGAAUGUGUGAUGCCGAUUUGAGCAAGUAUGGAUGCGCCCAUGUCAAGGCUCGGCCCUGGCUUUAAUCUGAGGACCUGGAGCCCCACACGAAGCAUGCCAGAGCCGCCUUAUUGCACCCCUGAAGCCUCGGCGGCCUCGACAGAUGCAACAAGGGGUGUUGGUUUAUUGCCUGCGACUGUAGUUGCUCAACUGAAUCGCUUACCCACGUGGCUAAGAAUUGAGACGGCCUUGGAUAUUGUUGAGGGCGUUGUGGUUUCCAGGACCCUCGGCCAUCUGAAUGGGUGUAUGGAUGCUCAUCCAUUGUAAAGACUCUCUCGAAAUGAAAGCGCGCGACUCAAACACCGAUGCUUAGAGCUAAUCGUCCGCGAGACACGGCUGUUGACAAUCCCUUCAGGAGCGGAGGACGACAUACAGAGAUCAGGAAAUAUUAGAUGAGGUCAGCCCGGGCU